AUGACCUCCAAGCUGGAACAAAAGGAAGCUCAUCACACCAAUGGCGUGGUGCUACCCAUUGUUGCUGGCCCUAUAGACUGUCUCUCCAGUCCUGACCGAGAACAUCUCGUUGAAUCUUCCGAGUUUUUAGGGCCUGAAGAAGGAGGAGGUGUCGAGGUGGUAGUGAUAGAAUCCCGAGCCAAUGCCAAAGGGGUGCGUGAGGAAGAUGCUCUGCUAGAGAAUGGCAGUCAAACUACAGAGAGUGAUGAUACCAGCACAGACCGCGGCCCAGAACCAGCCUCUCCUCUAAAAGAGACCUCCUUUUCCAUUGGGCUGCAAGUCCUCUUUCCUUUCCUGCUGGCAGGGUUUGGGACAGUUGCAGCUGGGAUGGUCCUGGACAUUGUGCAGGUAAGACUAAAAGCCUUCAGCAUGGAAUGGGCUCAAAAUUCUGUAUCUGGACUUGUAACUUGCUUUAUUGUUAGUGUCUUUUAAAUCCCAUGAGAGUGAUUUGGUGGGAGGCAGAGGUUUUCCAUUAGAAACCAUUAUAUAUUUAUUCCUCUCUUUUUUUCAGGCUCAUCUUCCUUAGAUUUCACAUGUGAGAAGUAGAAUAAGCCUCCCUCUUCUGGAAGCAAUUAAAGUUUAGGUGGUCAAUAGCAGUGUGACCCACUCUUUCUGUUCCUGAAUCUGAAUGCCUUUUAAUAACCCAAGACCCAUCUUUUUCUUAUAAAUCUCAGCUUUAAAGGAACAUAAACUCUAAAACCCAGCCUCUGAAUUGAAAAUAAACUUCUAUUUCUUAGAGAUGGAGAGUCAGGAAUGUAAAGACAUCUAGAGUUCUCCCAAAAGUUCAGACCCUAGAAAGUAAAUACAGUAGUGCCAAGCCCAAUACACACACCCAAAAAUGUGAAGUGAACUUUUAAAAAAUGCACUUUUGGUGGUGUUUACAGAACUGAUUAUCAUAUGUGUGCCUGAAGAGUUGCCAAUCUGGGGAAAACUCAAAGAGCUGCAGUAAACGUUUUUAGCCGGGGGCCGAGACCUGUGAUAUUAAUUGCUGGCAAAUCCAGUCGGCUGUUAUCCAGUUAAAAGACUUGUUUAGCUGAGGGAUGAAAAUGUGUUCAGCUUUUGCAUGUGGUCUGGCUUGGCCCAAAUGCAGAAUCUCCUUAAUAUUUUUCUAAAUAAAUAUUAGAAAUGUAAGGCACAGUGGAGAUAUCCAAUAGAUAUCUCUUGAAACACUAGCUGUCGUGUGGAGCUUGCCUCCUUGCUCUCAGAUGACAUUGCUGAGUUACUGGGAUUACGGUGUCACUGGCCUCUAUGCCUGCAGUACAGCUAUCUGGCAGGUCAUGUUAAUGUUAAAGGCCGAGGCUCUGUCUCAGUAGUCUUAUCUGCCUCAUUUAUGCAAGCCAGGUAGCACUUUGGACAGAAUCCGACCCUACAGUUUCAAAUUGCGGCUGCCUCCUGAAGUGACCGGGUGACCUACUAUAGCUUAACAUUAAACAUUCAGCUAAAAAAGCUUCUACUUAAGCACCUUGGUUUUAAACACUUCGUGAAAUUUCAGUAUCAUACCAUUUCUGUGCUUUCAGGAGCUUAGAGGGAGUUGUUGUCGCUAGAAAUUGAAAUAAGAAAGCCAGUGUGGUAUAGCUGGACCUGGAAGAGCAGGGUUUAAAUCCCCACUCAGCCAGGAAACUCACUGGUAAACUUGGACCAGUCACCUACCUCACUGGGUUGUUGUGACGGGGGAAAAUGAAGAGGGUUAGAGUUCUGUUAGAGUUGAUGGAAAGAUGGGAUAUUUUAAAAAUUAACAGAGCAUGGUGUAGCUUUGUAGCCAAAUGUUCUUGCUCAUCUUUUUGUGUGACAAAUUAGAACUGCACCGGUCAUUAAACCUAAUGAGAUUCAUGGGGGGGGGGGGCGGUGUUAAUGUUUUGUUUUAUGUUGAUAACUUAAAAGUCCUGCUGGAGCAGGCCAGAGGCCCAUCUAGUUUAACAUCCUUUCCUCACAGCGGCCACAAGCAGUCCAGAAUGCAUCAGCAGUUAACCCGCAUGAUUUUCAGCAGCUGAUAUUCAUGAGCUUACUGCCUCUGACAUUAGAGGGAGAGCAACAGCCAUCAUGGCUAGUUGCUGUUCUUUCUUAUAAUCAUAGAACUGUAGUGUUGGAAGAGACCCUGAGGAUCAUCUCGUCCAACCCCCUGCAAUGCAGGAAUAAGCAGCUGUCCCAUACAGGGAUCAAACCUGCAACCUUGGUUAUCAGCGCCACACUCUUUGUUGAUAGCCGUUUAUGUACUGCCUAAGUGUAGCUGGAGUGUACUUCUCAAGAUGGAGCUGUGUAAAUCUAAAACUCAGACUUGGUCAUUAUUAUACAAUAUCCUGGGUGUUUGAUUUCAUUGGCAGCAGAUGCAGUUUGGGUUGGGGAAGGGGCUCAGUCAUGGCAUAAAUGCGCAAACUAAUCAGGAUUUCAUUUUUUUCUCAUGCAGCAGCAAUAUAUACCUUCUAGUUUUUCAGUGUGUAGGGUGUUAGGCCUGUCUUUUACUAUCUAUAUGAUAACAACUUCACGUGAUAUGUUUUUAUGCAAGUUUUCAUGCUGCUUGGAUCAUCAUGAAAAUAUAAUUCAUAAGUGAGUGUGUGCAUGAAAUUAAUACCCUACCAGCCUCAGCUUGGAGGACUUCCAGAUCCAGUUGAUGGAAUCUUUGGAAGAGUCCCAAUACUGAGCCCAGAUUGAGAAAUCACAUCCCUACCAAAGUGAAUGUUAAAAUUAAUCCUAAGUCAAUUUUGUUGGAAUAGGUGCUAACUGAUAAGAUACAAGCUAGUGGGCAUCUUACCUGUUAGCAAGUCAGCAUUGUACUAGUUACCUUUUCUUCCAGUGUGAUUUCUUGGGAAAACGUUCUAUAUUGGACGUGAUUCAUUCUUUUCCGGCGCUAUGUAAGCUUCUCAUUGGGAGUGGAGCAGUAUAUAGUGUGAAGUUGUCUUGCUCAGAAAUAAGCAUCUCUAAAUGACUGUCAUGCUUUAGAAGGUUGCAUGCAUCUGUGUUACAUGGGAACUAGUAUAAUACCAAUAUUCCAGCCUUCCUGCUCACAAUGGAAUUAUACAAAAGCAAAAUCUUAGGACGAUGUCCUAAGAAUUUUUUUUAAAAGAGACUAAUCUGCUUAUAUUGGCCACCUUUCUUUGAAAGUCAAAGCUGUUAAUACCUUCAGGCUUGGUUCAUUCCCACUGGUAUUUGGAAAGCACUCCCAGAUUGUUCAUAGCUCAGUGGGAAAUUUGAACAACCACCAACUUUUUUUUGCAGAAAUAAGUAGGUCUUGAAAGUUAACAGCAGGAGCCUGUUGGCAUCUCCCUAAAUGUCAGUGUUGUCAAGUCUUACUCAUGGAACCAGUCAAUGUAAUUUGUUUUUCCUUUGGGUGGCUCUUUUCCUUUGUGGUCUUUUUGAGUCUCUUGGUUCCCCAGCAGUUUGACACCCACACUUUUAUUUCUCACCCCCACCUGCAAAAACACAUCUUCUUCUCUGGAUCACUGAGAUGCAGCUCUGUGGGGUUGGCUUGCCACCUCUUCCUUUGUUUUCAUGAAUCUUGAGUUGUGAAGACCUUUUUCUGGGUUAGGGAUGAAAUAGUUUGCUGUCUGUUGCCUUGCUCCCAGAAUUGUUCCCUUGUUGUCGUUUAGUCGUGUCCGACUCUUUGUGACCCCAUGGACCAGAGCAUGCCUGCUGUGAGCAAAUAUCUAACCCAGGAGUAGCCCCAGUCAGCAUGGCCAACAGUGUGGGGUGAUGGGAGUUGCGGUUGAACAUCAUUUGGAGGUUGGCUACCCUGUUCUUGGAGCAAGCUGUUCAUUCUUUCUCUUUGAGGCUUUCAAGGAACAAUUAGAUAAGUCUAUAUCCUGGUGCAGCACUGUGUGCACUUGUUUCUUGAAACCACAGUUCCCGGAGUUAUGUCAUGAAACUAUUGUACGCACAAUUGCCUAGGGGUGGAUUGUCACUGGCAGAGCAUAGCAGUUCGGACUCUUUGGAGCCAGUGAGCAACUGUCUUUCUGCAAGUGAUCAAUUUUCCCCUUGCCCUUUUUAAAGGCCUCCAGGCAUGCCUUGAUACUGAACAAAGGACUGGGCUGCUGAAGAGGUGAGGGGAAAGUGAGAAUUAAAAUGGAUGCGUAUUUAUACUGCUUGUUUGAUCUUCAGUCUUAACAAGGGAGGAUAAGAAUAGUCACUAUUCUACAGUAAAAUGGUACACAGUGAGACGUGAAGGUGCAGAGGGCCAGGUCUGAAGAAUGGGGGUGGGUGUUUUGUCCCCAUUUCCCAUUUGCUUUUGUUUUGCUUUCACAUUUCCUUGUCUGCUAGCAAAUGGCACAAUAGCCAAACAACUUUCCAAGGUAACAAGUGGCAGUGGUAAAGUGUCACAUGAGCUGUCUGUCAAAUAUACUCACUUUUCCCCACUUUCCCCCCAUAUUCCAAUUUAACAUACCUUUUAUACAGAGGCCAUGUGCUGAAACUUUUAUGUGGAAUUUGGGGCAUGGGGUUUGAGCUAGCUGCUUUGAUCCCUAAACAGGACCAACCUUUUACCAGCUGGGAUAGCUCAGUUGGUAGAGCAUGAGACUUUUCAUCUCAGGGUUGUGAGUUCUAGCCCCACAUUGGACAAAAGAUUCCUCCAUUGCAGGGGAUUGAACGAGGUGAUCCUUGGGGUCGCUUCCAACUCUACAAUUCCAGUUUAGUUGAUACGUAUCAUGCAUGUGCAAAAUGACCUUUUUCAAAAAAAAGAUUGGACAGGGGAAAGGAUCACUGGAAAGCUUAUUAGGUUCGUAUGGGAGAAGAUGGUAUUCUACAUACUCAGGUCAUUUAAAGAUCACUUUGAAUUGGACAUAGAAGGCAAUGAAGAUGUUUUAAUGCUGGGGAAUAUGGUCAUGGUGUUGUCUUGGUGAACAGUCUAUCAUAUUCUGCACCUCUUUUUGAUAUUUUCCAAAGGCACUCUUCACAUAGUGUCUUAGAGCAGUUUAACCUAAAUAUAGUAGCGCAUCAAUAGUUGUCACCCAUCCAUCUGUCUCAGAAGAGAUUCAGCUGGCAUGCUAUUCAUAACUGGUGAAAGGUAUUGUGAUCUCCAGGUGCCCUUGAUAAAUCCUUCAGCAAUGUUGGAUCCGAAAGCAACCCUCUAGUGAACCUGAUCUUUGUGAGGGGGAUGCAGGCUCAUCCAGAACAUGUCAGAUACCAAUUCCAUAGUCUGAUAAAACGUCUGGAGCUGUGUGCGAUGACGGAAGGUGUUGAGGGUGUUGUCAUCUGCUUAUUCUACCAUUUGGCAGCAUGUUGGCGCUUGGAGGCUUCCACCCUGCCACGUUUGGAAUAAAUAAACACUGUCAUUUGUUUAUCAGAUGUGCGAUGCUAAUGAAAGACUAAACAUGCAAAGGCUUCAGGCGCAGCUGCUGUUCUUUUGAACCUGACCCUGUCCUCUUAAACUGCAAAUGUGCCCUCUAAUAAUCCGAGUCAGGAGGCUCAUUUCUUGCAUUUAACAUGGUUUCUCCUGGACAGCGAGGAUUUCUACUGGAGGUGUCAAACUCAUGUAGGGUUCUUCUUUUUCUUUUUUUGCUUCUGCCAUUCAUGGUGCCUUGAUAAAUAUGAGAUCAGCAUCUAAUCUGUGCUUUGUUACAUCCUUCUUCCCAACCUUAUCAUCCGUCUGUGGUCAGGCAUUUUACAAGCAAACACCUGACACCCCCCCCCCAAAAAAGCAGCUCAGGAAGAUUACACUUCAAAAUUAAAGCUUAAAUAGCUUUCUUAUCCCUUGCCCAAAUAUAAAGGUCUUGCAUUGUUUCCAGAAAACACUCUGGCUAAAGCCACUCUGGAAGAGGAAUGGCAUUCCAGAAUGUGUGAGUUUCCACCAAGGAUGCUUGUUUAUAUUAAUUAUCCACUCUCAGCACUCAUACAGCCUGAUCCUAUGAAUGGUUACUGACUCCUACUGAACUCCUCACUUGUUUGUGCAUAGGAUUUCAGUCUUGGGGUGUUAUUUGCCUGACUAACAGGGAUGUUCUUCUGAGAAGCUUUCAUAGUGCACUCCCAUAUCGAUCCUGUGUUUGACAGUAGCCCAUGACCAGUCAUACAAAACUGCUUCUUUUAUUUGCAUCCCAACCUUCUUUCAAGGAGCUCAGAAUGGUGAGCUUGGUGGGCCCACAUGGUGUUUCCAAGCAUAUCCUUCCCUCUGUCAAAACUCACCAGACUCUGACCUGCUUUGCAGAUCUCCUUUCUCUGUGGCCUGGUCCCAGCUGUUUACAUCAAGAUUCUACUUAUCUAAUUGGCAAGGGCUACAAAGUUGAACUGCCAUCCGAUGACUGUAAUUUUCUUUCUGCACUGCUUAUAAUGAUUACUCAUGGGAACUCGGCUGUAAUAAUGCGUUGCCUGAAGCAGAAUAAAUGCCACUCAUUUUUCCUUUCUUCCCUCCUUCAUCCAAAUAUCAGUGCUUAAGGACAGGAGUGAAACCUUCCAUUCUUGGACUUCAAAAGGUGGCAUUAGUAUGCUAGAAGACAAUCUGGAAGACAGCGUAGAACUUCAUUUGAUCUUUAGAUACUGAAGUUGCCAGGUGCUGUUGCAUCUUAGGGGGUGGAACUUGAACUUCUGUGAAUGGAAAGUGCUGAGAGCCAACCUUUGACUAUACUCUGGGUGAUAGCAGGGUAGUGAGACGGUAUUUGACAAGUAUGUUUUGGAGAGCAGCAGUAGACCCAUUCCCUUUCACAGCUAAUAUGACUGAUGUGACACUACAGCCCUUUGAAUUUCAGUUUGCUUUAACUUCCCAAGCAGAUAGUUUCAGGGCAGGCAGCUGCAACCUCGUAAGCCUCCCCUGGUGCUCCUACUGAGGGAUUUUGUAGGUCCGGUCAUUAUAUUAGAACCACACCUACUGCUCUGUUACAGCCCCCACACCCAGUCUCUAACAAACCCUGGCUACAAAUUGCGGUGAAGGAGAAGAGACCUUAACCACAGUUCUGGGUUCAAAUGACUUUCCAAGCCAAACCUUGGGUCAGUAUCUGUACUGUGCAUAGGAACUAAAAGGGUAAUCUCUAAAUUUAGCAAUCUCUAAUUAUAUAUAUUUUCUCGGAUCUGUGAAAUGUGUUCUAAGAACACAUUGCACCCUUGUGAAGCUUAGAGUUCCAGAGUUCUAACGGAAAAAGCUAAAGGCAGAGUUGUUCAGAAAGUGGAUCUUUUGAAGCCUGCAGCUUUUAAGUGCUGCGUAGAAACCCAUCUGGCGCAGGAUAUGCUUGGAUGGGUAAAAGAUUCUAGGCUAGCAGGGGAGAUGCUUUCACAGUAAUGGAUGUGAGAUAAUUGCAAACUUUUUCAUCUGGCUAGCAACAUGAAAGUACCAGCAAAGCAAACUCUUUUUUUCCUUUUGGCUAUGCGGGGAUUUAUACAGGAUGCCUUGGACUCCCAUUGCAAUACAAGGGAAACAUCUUGCAUCUAAUUUUUGUUUUUUUUGGGGGGGGGCAUUAAUUGUGCUAUCUAUCUUAUGCCUGCUGGCUGAGAUGUCUUCACAUUGGAAAUUUUAGGAGAUCUCUUCCCCUUACAUAAGAGGCUUAAUGUUAGAGGCGCCCUUUUUAGCGCUUUGAUAUCUCUUACCAAGAGACACUCUCUACUUGCAGCAAUAUUUACCCUCUGCAGGAGCCAGUAAUAUCCUGAUCAUGGUUCUAAAUACGCCAGUAGGUUUGGCCUUGCGUGUAUUAAAAGGGAGUUGGCGUAAGUGAAGGCUCUUGUUUCCCUUCCUUGGAAAGAGCUUCUUCUCCCUUAGGGAACAUCCCUACUUGGAUUGUAUUCCCGCUGGAUCCAGUUACAACUCCUAGCGGAUCCUUUGCCUGCUCCAGCUUGAAGUGCAGGCACCAAGGAACCUGUCAGGAAUAUUAGAGAAAAAUAACUUGAUAUUGUGAUCCCAAAAGUCUCUGCUCCGAUGCCUAAUUCAUCAUUUUACUUAGUUUGACAUGUUUUGAAAAUGCUUCCUGCCUAAAUUGCUUGUUCUUAAGCUUUGCUUCGUGGUUGAACUGUAGCCUACGAGCUGUGGAAAAACCGAGAGAGUGAAAAUGAGUUACAUUCACUCUCAUAUUAAGUUUCAUACAGCUAACUUUUUCUGCCUGGAAAGAAACUCUCUGCAUUAUUAUUUUUAUCUCUGAACUCUUAGCUCAUUGUUUUCUAAUCAGUGUCUGUCACGGAAUCACAGAACUAUAGAGUUGGAAAGGGGACAGAGGGUCAUCUAGUCCAACCCCCUGCAAUGCAGGACCCUAACACAAUUUGAUAUGAGUUCACUUACUUUAUUCCAAUCUCCAGAAAAGUAAAGCAAGACCUUUAAGGGGUUUAUGAGUAAGGAAUUUGGUUCGACUUGUAUUGUUAAUGCCACUUAACGUGAUGCAGUGAACAUACAGUGAAACUACCUUUGGUGCAUCAAAGCAGUUACCUUGGGGGGGGUUAUGGGUAGAAAACUCAAACAUAACCUAAAUUCAUAGGAUUGUACAGUCUGAAGGGGUCCUGAGGGUCAUCUAGUCCAACCCCCUGCACCGCAGGAAUCUUGCCCAGCUUUUGAAAUGCAUUUGUACUUAAACACAUUGAAUAGUAGUAUUGGUAUAUGCUAUCUUACCAUACCUUGCUGGUUGUUUAACAAUAAAUUCUUAGAACGGCAUUAAUUCUUAUAAAGAUCUUUCUCCCAAAUAACCUGAGUAAUAUUUUAAUGUCCAUAUAACGGUAAUAGCGGGCAGGAUCCACAGUUGUGUGUUCCUUUAUGGAUAAUUCUCACAUUUAGCUGAAUGGUUAAGAGAUUUCUCAUUUGCAGUGUCUUUUAUAUUAGACUAAUUCUCUAUCUACCAUGUCAAAUGUGUAUAUGAAACCCUAUUGGCACCACGGUUGAGUUCUCCUCCCAAUGCAUAGCAAAGAGUUCCCUGAAGACUGUAGAAGGGGAAGAAAGCAUUGCAUUCUCUGUCUGUGCCUCCUGUGAUCUCAAUCAUUAGCAGCCCAUCACAGCAGCUGAUGCGGGUUUUGAAAACCUGUACAUCAAAUUAAUUUAAUGCUUCACCUACUUUGACCCUGUGAGCAAAGAAGCUGUUAAGAAGGAGGUUUUGCAAAGGAGAGGCGCUUUCUUUUAAAGGCUGCCAAAUACUGCCUUUUCCUCCUCUUUCCUAACACUUGUGGACAUCUAAUGUUGGAAGAUUCCAAACAGGUAAAAGAAAGUACUUUUCACACAGCGCAAGAGACCCACAGGAGACCAUCUUGGAGGACUUAAAAAGUCUACUAGACAAAUUCAGAGGGCUCAGAGAGGGCUAUCGAUGACUACUAGCCAUGAUGACAAUACUCAGGCUCUGCCUCCACAGUCAGGGGCCCCAGUAAUGCUUCUGAAUACCAGCUACUAGGAACCACAGGAGGGAAGAGGACUCUUGUGCUCGGAUCCUGUGUGUGAUUUCCCACAGACAUAUAUGAGAACAGGAUGCUGAGCUAGAUGGGCCAUUGGCCUGAUCCGGUGCAGUUCUUCUCAUGUUCUUAAUUUAGACAAUCCUGGGGAUUGUCCUUAACCUUAAGUGUUCCUCAGCCUCAAAUCCACCCUCACUCCACAAAGUGAAUAUUGAUAAUUAGUGACUGGUUUCAUGUACACAGAGUUUGGGGAACAUCCAGUGAAGGAGCAGGCGCUCGCUAUAGCCGUCUUGCACAGCUGCCUGCCAGUCACUCCUAAAAAUAAUCAUUGAGGAAAAUGGAGCUGCUUGGCUCCCGCUCACGACCUUAAAGGCGAAAAGCACCCUGAAGCACUAUUGUGGUUAAAGGAAUAUUUUUAGAGGCCCUUACUUUAGGCUGCAAUCCUAGCCACACUUAUUCGGGAGUAAGCCCCAAUAGGGUUUACUUCUGCGGUUAACCACUACUUUCUGUAAGUACCCCAGUUUUUCCUCCCCAUAUUCAUGUAGGAUUUAUGCUUAAUCUGUUACAUUCUGAGAGCACAGUCAAGGCAGUUCCCACGUCUUACUGUAUCUUCAGUUUUCCUUUCAGGCUAGGAUUCAUGUGUACCAUAUAACCAUUACUGUUCAGUUUUUGUGAGACAAACCAAUUGCAAUGUUAGAUGUCUCUACCUUUUCAGGGGUAUUUUGGGCAGGCUGUGUCAUGUUUAUAGGGAGGGACUGUAACUUAGUGGUUCAAGUCCUUAGCAUCACCAGUUCAAAAGGCACUGCCUGACACCUUGAUUUGAACAGUUGCUGGCAGCCAGAGUAGACAAGGCUGAGCUAAAUAAAACCAAAGGUUUGUACAAGGUGUAAGGCAGCUGCCUAUGCCUGAGCAGGCAAUAGGGUGCGCCCACUCCUUGAGGUGCCUACCCUAGACUGUAUGAGCUAUAAUAACCACUGCCCAUUUGCAAAUGUCCCAAUCUUGGGUAAGGUGAUGGAGAAGGUGGUGUCCAAGCAGUUGCAGGAGUUCCUGGAUGAUAUAAAUUCCUGGAUCUUUUUCAAUCCGGAUCCAGGUGUGGUUAUGGACUGAAUCAGCCUUGGUUGCCCUGAUGGAUGAUCUGUAUCAAGAGUAGAGCCAGGUAGAUAGGAACUUGGCUUCUUCAUAAACAACAGUUUUGGAUACCAUUGUCCCUAAUGCUAAUUAACUUCUAUAUCUACCAGGAUCUGCGUAUUUAGUGGUGGGGGUCCAAUUCUAUGGAACUCCCUUCCAGUUAGGAACAGAUAGGCCCCUUCCCUGUUGAAUUUUCAGCAUCUACUGAAGACCAGCAGGCAUUUUAACUGAAGUCUGAUUCUAUAGUUUUAACUGAUUUUCUGUAUUGCUUUCUUGUACGGAGCUUAGAAGCGUUUGUAGUUAAUCAAUAUAAAAUUGAUUAAAUAAAUACACCUUUGGCACAAUAUGGCCAAACUAUAAUACUAGGGCUCUAUAUUCACUACAAACCUUAAGAAGAACCUUGCUGGAGGAAAGUAAAAGGUCAUUUUAAGAUUUCCCCCCAAGCCUUUAUUUCUUUCCUGUGGUCAGUUUUCCCUCCCCAAAGCAUCCCAGAUGCUGCAUAUAGAGUCUGCGCUAUGUAAUUAGCACUGCCUAAGAAACCUAUGUUUGCCCUUUAUGCAGCGUGUUCAGGUUUAUACUGGAAGGGACAGGAUAUUUAAAGCUUUGAGGAUGGGAAGAGAGCAGACUUGUUUUUGUUGCCUCCUCUUUACCUCCGCCUCUGUUUCUGUUUUGCGUGUUUUAAUCGGGAAGGGAAGUGGUAAUCCAGGGCCUUGAAGGAGAUGGCCUUGUGACAGACACUCGUCUGGGAAUCUGAACCAAGAGUCUGAUCCCCAGCUGUACCAGGCACAUCCCGAGUCCUGAAUGACCUCAGAUUCUGUGAUCCAGACUAAGGAGGCAAAUAGGUGAUUGUUCACCCCUAAGCAAAACAGCAUCCUGCUGUCCUCGGCCUUUGUUGCAUUUAUCAAGGCUUGCCAUCUGUCUUUUAUCAGUCACAAAAUUCCUGUGCAUGGCAAAGGAGAGGCCACAGUGUGCUCAGUCUGUGUACACAACUCCUGUUUACUCUGCAUUCAUUGCACGUCAACCACUGGUUUGUGAAGCCGUGUACAUAUGAUGAUUGCUGCAAGCUACAUCUAUCCUGUAGUUCCUUGAGAAAUGCUGCAUUUGGGUGUGUCCCCCUCCCCCCAAUUUGCUUCAAUUCUAAUUUUAAAAUGUAUGACAUAUGACUACACCAGCGCCCCCUCUCCGGCCACUGGUGUAGACACACAAAGGGAAACCCAGAAACACAUGCAACUGUGCAACAACCUACAAAGGUGCUUUGAAAAACAUGGUGUGUAGGUGGGGGGACGACCUUGUGUUUUAAGCCAGUCAUGUGUACACAAGCUUAGUUUCUGCCUUUAUUGCCUAGCUGUUGCCCUGUGCAUUUAAAUAAUAUUACAUUUUCUUCCCCUCCUGAGCUGAAACCACCCUUAUGGCAGGAAGACAACGGUAACAGCGAGGUUAGUAGCUAGUCUGCUGCUGCUUGAACUCUGAAGACAUCCUAAUACGCUGUUAGAGAAUCGUAAGGUUCCUAAUAACCCAUCUCAAUAAAUAACUGCUUCUUUUUAAACAAUCGCCUUUUUCUAGACUCUGAACUGAUUUCCUUGAUUUUUGCAGCACUGGGAUGUCUUCAAGUAUGUGACCGAAGUAUUCAUCCUGGUUCCAGCACUCCUGGGACUGAAGGGAAACUUGGAGAUGACACUAGCAUCUCGGCUCUCUACAGCUGUGAGUAUUUCGGUCUUAUGCCUGUCAGGCAGGUACCUUUAUAUCUGCCCCCCCGCCCCCCAGCUGCCCUACAUAUACCUUGAAGAGGGGUUGACUUAAAGGGACUUCCCCCCCUUGAGUCCUUGAAAUGAACUCUAGCCAAUGUAUACCUUUCAGGCAAACAAUGAGGACUAGGAACAUGCUUAAUCUCUUCAGAUGGAGAUAUUUUGGACAGGGAGCUGGAUGUUUCUGAACAUAGAGAUGGCCAGCUCAUAAAGGUUAGACUACAUUGGGACAUGUGUGUGAAGUUAGCCACGGUUGGCACUUUGAUUAGUUCAGCAUCACAAUCUCUAAAAACACUGCUGCCCAAGCCACAGCAUUGCUUUUCCCUUUGCCCUGUAGCAUAACCAGGUGCUCCUUGAUUCAAGUAGUGAGCACAAAGGCUGCUUUCGUGUGCCUAUAGAAAAACAACAAAGUCUAAAUGUAGCCAACCUCUAUUCCAGACAUGCGCUGUCUCUAGGUGUGGAGACACCAAGGAAUGAAUGAAAGUGCAUCUCCCCCAUUCUUCUGUGCCUCCUGAAAAUCUGUUUUGGGACCUUGGGAGUGGUGUGGGCUAUGAUCUGGGGGACCACAAGUAGAGGAGUGAGUUGUUGGAAAUCACUGCCCUUGUCCGAAUGGAAGAAUGACUUCGAUCCAUGCCUCUGCUCAUUUUUCUCUCUUCUUCCUCCGCCAACAACAAGCUGCCCCAAGCAAGUUGCGUUUUGAUGGAUUCAUGAGGGUUGUUGGAAAGCAACCAAGGAACAGCCAGUCUCAUCCUUUAUAGAGGGGAAGCUGGAAGGCUUUUCCCUAAUCAGGCCGCUAUGAUCCUCCUAGAUUUAGAUUCUGAGACCACUGUUGUGCUCACUUGGUUGUUUGCUGAGGAUAGCGCAGCUCAUUGAUUUCUUGCAUGAGUGCAACCUAAACAACUCCUAGCUCCUGACUCUCAAUUUGUAUUUCUAGAAUGUUCUGAGACACUUGGAAAACAUGUGCUUUAGAGGAAGUACCCCAGAGAGUAUCCCUGCACUCCAGUAUAAGUGCAGAGGUGCAAAGAAAUAAACAAGUUCAUUGGUAUCUCAAAUUGUACAGCCUAAGUGUUCAGAAAUAGUGACCUUCUCUCUCUUCUGAGAUAUGGCUGGUGCCUAUUCCUUUUAAGCUUCUGACACCAACUGAAGACCUAGAUAUUUACCCAGGCUUUUGGCGAGUUCCAGUGUUGAUGUUUGUCUUUAGUUCUGGUUGUAAAUUAUUUGCCUUGUUUUUAUGUAUUUGAAACUGUUUUAGUUGUAACCCCACUCUGGAACGUAUUUGUAAGGGGGGGAAAUAAGUAAGUUUUAAGUAAAAAAAAAAUUUUUUUUUUAAUCCUCUUACUGUGCUUGAACUGGGGUGCUUAAAUGUCACAGUUUGUUGUGGAUUCAGGGUGCUGCUCAUGUUACAAGUUUUGCACAACAUCCGUACAAUGCCAUCCUCAUCCGAAUGUCAUCCUUUGUUUUCUCAUUUAAUCUAUUUUUACAGUUUCUGUGAAAACAACAAUGCAGACAUAGUAAAUUGGGAUUAAAUUGGGAAUAUUGGAUAGCAUUUUGAUAAGGGAGAUGUUGUGUGAAUAUUGUGGGAAAAAUAUUGCAUGCAUGAACACCACCAAGUCCACAAUAAAUUGUCAUAUUGAAGCACGCUUGAUCUUGGAGUCACUGAAAUCCUACUUAUUUUUCUGAUUGAUAUCAAAAUCCAUUAGCAGUAGAUAUCACAUCUCAGGCAAAGAGGCCCAAAUAGCUGUUGACUUCAUGUUUGAUAUUUCUUUGACUUGCUGGGCCUUCCCCCUCAUGGAAGUACAUAAACCGUGUUUAUGGAAGACAAUCUUACUCGGCUACGAGUAAUCGCCGAAGGAGGAGGAGGAGGAAGUACAGAAGCAAUUAUUUCAGUACAAAAAGCAGCCUGUCCUUGGCUUAAUAUUUCACUAUAUCUGCUUCAUUAGUACAAUAAGGAUGAUCCUCAGUGUAAACAUCCUGCUCCUGGCCUUCAUGAUGCAAAGGAACACAAAAGCUGGUCUGAUUUGCACAGAAAUGUUGCCAAAAAUCUAACCUUUGGGAAUAGAUUCUGGGGCGAGAUGCUGCAUUGCUGGGUGUGUCUUGGUUUGUGGAUUAAAUCUGUUUUCUUAUAUUCAGAUACCCUUGAAAAUUCCUUUGUUGAACAAGUGUGCUUGAAAUAUAGGUUAGGGAGAUACCAAGAGGGGAAACAAUGAGUUCCUGUAUCCGUGCAACUCAUGGUGGGGUCCUUGCAGCAGGAGAGCAUUUGUUGAGAGGGAUUUGUACUGGAGAACUGGCAGGAGUGAAACACUCUUUCCCUGUGCGCCUGCUUAUUCUCUCCCCCACCAUCCCCCUCUGCCAACAGUUCCCCCUGUUAGCAAAUACAGGCUUGGAACCAAACACUUGCCCUGCUAGUCCAGUUUGGCUCUUGGAAAAGAAGCCUGUGAUUGAGGAUGCACUGCCUAAAAUGAUGUGGGUUCUGCAGUAUUUGCUUGAAUCUCCAUGUCUCCAUGCUCUUGGAGAUCCAAGUGGUAGCCCACCCCCCUGUAAUGUAGAGAGAAGUACAAGAGAGUUGCGAGAGGUUAGGGCAAUGCUUUGUGAGCCUAACUUAACCAUCUGGCCCAUUUCUGCCACCAUUUCUGCUGGCUAUUGGAACAUCUAAACAUUGAUGCAUCAUUUGCUUAGCCUACAGUCUUUCUGUAUAUUUUCGCCAGCUAAAACAGUUAAGUUGCAUACUGACAUUCUGUCCCCGUUCAAUGAUUUUGAGUGAUUCCCGACGUCUGCUUGGCCCUUCUCCACCCAGUUCUUCAUGAAAGGAGGCAAGCUGAUUGUUCCCACUGUACAGAAAGGGCAAAAAGAGGCAAAGGCAUACUUUGUCCAGAGUUGGAAUGGAUCCCAUAUCUUGGCAUAGGCAUGCUGUCCAUUUGUCAGUGGGAGGUGUUCUUCUCCCCACACCCCAAAGAAUGUGAGCAGGACAAAAGGCUUUUUCAUCCUAGCUGCGUUGCUGCAUGGAGACUCCUUGAAACAAUGCUUGUUGCAGUCUGGUGCUUAGACACCUUCAUGGUGCAAGCUCAGCAUUGGACAGGCUGCCAUUUGCUUCAUUCCCUUGCCAAUGCUGAAGUAGGCAACAAGACCACCAAAUGAGAGUGCUUACCAUAAUGGUAUCCUGCCCCGCCAAUAUGGAAGAGGCAUGAGUCUGCUGCACCAUGAGUUAUGCCAGGCACCUUGUGCAAGCAUCCUCCUCUGUUUCUUGGCUUUUCCUAAUCAAUCUUGGAUGCACUGAUUUCAACUUGCACCAAGCACCUACCUCUUGAUCGGCUGCAUGGUGGAACAAACUCCUUUUCAGCCUUUUCUGCACAGCUGUAAGGAACAAUGCAGAGACCAAUGUCUGCUAUUGCUUCCCUGAGUUACCUGGCCCCUGCUCCAUUCAUUCUUGUAUAAGCGGCUUUAAAGGCUUGGUCAGAUUGUCCUGUGAGCAUUGAAAUCACUGAAACCUUGGGCAUAGUUGCAUGCUGCUUUAAUGGUGUCACUUGAAGUGACAUCAGUGUGUUUAAAGAAUUGCGACCAAAUGCAGGGGGCUUGAUCCACACUGGGACCACAAUUUGUGGAGAGAGGAGGCUUAACACUGGCCUAUUACUGCCCGCCCCCCGACAUAAUGGUAAUAGCAAAGCAAUGGAAGUAUUAUUAUUUGACUAUUCCAAUUUGCUGCACAGGUCACCCCGCUGUGCUACUGAUGCUCCUACUCACUACUGUAGUGGUUUUUUUGGGGGGUGGGGUCAAGGUGAGAGAUGGAAGAAAGAAACUUCCCUCUCCCUAUUCACACUGAUCCUGAUCCGCCUUGGGGGGCCCUGUGCUUGUUUUUAAUUUAAAACAAUGGCACUGGUGUAUCACUUAGAACAGUGCAAUUAUAGCAACAUGUAGUUGACCCCUAUCUGUCUUCCAGUGAUGGAGAGAACUGCCAUGUAGCUGGGGCAAGAGUAGAGAUGCAGUAAGGUUUUGCCUUCAGUGUGUAUCUCUCCUUCCCAGGAGCUGUUGAUUUUCAGUGUAUCUAUUUCUGUGGGUGCCUUGGAAUAUCUCCUUAAUGCCAUGGCCCAGAUGUGAAGUAAGGCUGCAUAACCUAUCGUCUCAUGAGGCUGAAGGUAUUCCAAUCACUCACCUGGGGACCAUUUUCAAAAUCUGAGGGUGUGAGGGAACAAAGGAACUUGACAGAAAGUACAUCUCCCAGAAUAAUGCAGUAAUUAAACAGCUGCUGGAAAGUGAUUAUUCUACGGCCUUCAUCCUGCCACCACCGCCUUCCUCGGUCUCCCCACCCACCCUGAAAAAGUAUCUGGUUACCCUGAAUCCUCCACAAAUGCAGGUUUAGGCUUGAGUUUGACACAUCUCCCAUAAACUCGCCAACACUCUCUGUCAUGACCUUGACUUGGGCACUAUUUUCUUUCUCUAAAUAGUUCUUGCUCUGAGCUGUGCUUCCUAGGACUUGAGCUGCAGUCAUACCACUUAAGCUUCUGCUACAUUCCAGCAGAGCUUAGUGGCACUGGCAGCAAAAGAGUCCUGGCAGGGAAAUGAGACUCCCUCUUGCUGGGUAGAAAGCUUUUUACUGUUUCCCACCCUCCUCUUGUCACUCUGGCAAGUCCUUGGAUGUAGGGAGCAGAAUUGCUUAAUAGCAUUUGCCGCCCGUCAGGUGGCUGCAGAACCUCAACCAGUGUGCCAGUGUGCCAGCCAGUGUGGUGUAGUGGUUAAGAGCGGUACUCUCGUAAUCUGGGGAACUGGGUUCGCGUCUCCGCUCCUCCACAUGCAGCUGCUGGGUGACCUUGGGCUAGUCAUACUUCUUUGAAGUCUCUCAGCCCCACUCACCUCACAGAGUGUUUGUUGUGGGGGAGGAAGGGAAAGGCGAAUGUUAGCCGCUUUGAGGCUCCUUAGGGUAGUGAUAAAGCGGGAUAUCAAAUCCAAACUCCUCCUCCUCAACGUUCCUGGGGCAAAGCAUAGUAUUGGGGCCCUUCUCCUGCAUACACUUUGAAUGCUAUCAGUAGAUGACAUAGUAUAUUUAACAGCAUAAUAUUGACAUAAUGCAUUCUGUGGCUUAGUCUGCAGUUGGAUUGUGAAUGCCAGUUCACUAAGUAGGCAAAGCUUGCUGUGAGUGGAGUUAAUGCGUCUCCUUCACAUUCAUAGCUGCUGUUUGUCCUAGUUCGACCUUACUCCUUUAAGGAAGCAUUCCAGCUUACCUUCAUUGAAUUUUGGAAAUAGAAUUAUAACAUUGGAAGGGACCCCAAGGGCAAUCUUUUCCAAUCCUCUUCAAUGCGGGAAUCACAGCUAAAGAAUCCUGACAGGUGGCCAGCCAACCUCUGUUUAAAAACCUCCAGUGAAGGCGAGCCCUCCACCUUUGAGGUAGGUCUGUUCCACUGUCAAGCAGUUCUUACUGUCAGAGAGUUCUUCCUUAUGUUUGGUUGGAAUUUCCUACCUUGUAAUUUGAAUCCAAUCGUUUGGGUCCGACCCUCUGGAUCAGCAGAAAACAAGCUUGCUCCAUCUUUUUUUAUGUCUGCAGCCCCUCUCAGUCUCCUUUUCUCCAGUCUAAACAUGCCUAACUCUCUCCUAAGGCUUGAUUUCCAAUAGGCUUCUUAUAUUUGACUCUACAAAAGAACCAUAAGAGGAGCCUACUGUGACAGGUCAAUGGCCCCUCUAGCCCUCCAUCCUAUUAUCACAGUGGCCAGUGGGAUGCCCAUGGGAAACCAACAAGCGACUCCUCCAUGCAAAGAGGUGGGGGAACGUUCUUUCAUAUGUGGUGGACUUGUAAAAGGGUAAAAGAGUAUUGGGAAACGAUCCAUAAUAAAUUGGGGGAAAAUGUUUAAAAGUACUCCCCCCCCCCAAAAAAAAACCCCAGAGUCUUUCUGUUGGGGAUAAUUCAGACUGAAAUUCCCAGGUAUCAAAAAAUGGUUAUUUAUGUGUGCUACUACUCCGGCCUGUGUUUUGUUAGCCCAAAAAUGGAAAACGAACAAGGUCCCAACCAAAAAAGAAUGGCAACUUAAGCUGACAGAAUAUGCACAAUUUGCAGACUUAACAUAGAGAAUAAGAGAACAAGAAGAACAUACGUUUAAAGAAGAUUGGAAAACGUUUAUUGAAUAUAUGGGAAAUAACUGUGUACAGCUGAAAACGCUGGCAGCGUUAAGAUAAAUUCAACAGUGUAAAUAAGUUUUGAUGGAUGCAAUAAUGGAAUACUAAAUGGUAUAGUUUUUGUAAAAUAUGGAGGGAUUUAUGAUAUGUCAAAUAAAUCAUGGAAGGAGAAGAAGGGAAGUCAUUGAUAUCUUAAGGAUGUAAAAUGAGUAUUCUAAAUUGUAAAACAGAAAAUUUAAUAAAAAUCAGAGAGAGAGAGAUGAAAUCAGCAUGCGGGAAGCCUGUGUAUAUUGAUAGAGGGCGGGAAAGCCAGUGACAUUGUUGCGUGUUCCAAUCAACAUCUGGAUAUGGCUUUUCCCCACGCUGAAAACCUGGCAUGUGUAGCAGCCCGAGAACAUCUAUGUGAAGAGGAGCUGGUGCUUGUACAGAGAUCCCUGGAUGCCACUUUGCAAACCAUUCCCUUAGCAGGAUUGCAUUGAGGGGGAUGAGAUGCAAGCCUUUCUAAAACAAGGUUGCAGGACAGUGCUAGAGGUAGAAAACAGCUCCACUACAGUACUUGUUGGGCUGUUUGUUAAAGAUAAACUUUUAUUUCUUGAAGGCUGCAGUUGAGUUCAUAUGUGUUGAAAUCACAUGGACUCCUUUCUCAAGGAAAAGGAUCCACAGGGGGCCCACCUGCAGUGGGAAGAAAUCAGGAGAGGCUUCUUGAAGGAGGUCUUCCGGGGGCUUGGUCAUUAGGCUUGCUGUGUGGGAAGGAAGCUUAGUACAGCUUCUCAUUAGCUGCGCAUUAAGACUCCCAAAAUAGGGUUUUGUUUUUUUGCCAUUUAAUAUUUUUUCUCUCUCUCUCCUGCACAGGGGAUUAAAAUUUGUGUUUGCCUACAGCCAGGUUAUGCUGAUACCCUAACCUAAUUGCACGAGAACAAGGAGUCUCUGGGCCAAAUUCACAACAAAAGUAGCAGCAAUUUUAGCACUGCAUGACUUGGAUCCCACUCUUCUUGGUGGAAUGUGUCUAAUUUAGGGCUGCUUUAAGCCUCUUUUGUUUGCUGGACAUUCCAUUGCUGAUGGCAGUUUUUCUUUCUGCGUGUGCUGGUGAAAAGGGGCUUGAAGGGAAAAUUUAUGGACCGAAUGUAAGGUUGUGGAAAUGGCAAGUAAUGAUUUCUAUGACAGUGAUGAGCCUUUGACCAGCUGCCAGAAGUAGUUAGUGCUGCUGGCCACAUUCAUAAUUUCCGAGUUUGUGUGUUACACUUUUCUCACCACAAAUAUUUAUUUAUUUAGAGCAGUGGGACCCCACUCUUCAGCCAAAAGGCUUCCAGCGCAGCUUACAUGGAAUCAAAAUAAGACACUCCCUACCCACAGGCUUACGUUCAAAUAAAUAAGUAAACAACACACAAGGGAAAAGGGACAAGGAGGGAAGAGGAAAAUAAAACUCUAAGCUCAUGCACCUAUUUCUAGACAGUUGUUCCCAUAUUGACUAGCUAGCACAGUUCAGAGGCAGGAGGUGCCUGAUGGAGCUAAGUCUUCGGCAAAGUGGAUGCAAUGAACCCUGAGUCCUAUCUCUCCUACUGAGGCAGCCUAAGAAAAUGGCUGCCCCCAGGUGACAGCAGAGAGAGAGGGGGCCUGGUGGAGUUGGCCUGUCACAGCUGAGCUGGUGACAUAUGGUCACCCUAGUGCCACAUUACAGAUUCCUCUCAGUGGUUUAUGGCUUCUGAUGGCGCAAUAAGGAGUCACGCAGCAGUAUCUCCUGGGCUGCUCAGAAAUUGUCUCAGAGGAUAAUUGAUCUAAAACCUAGCCCAGACUGGGAAAGCAGCCAAGAUGGUCUCUGGCCUCAUCAGAACCCUCAGCUUCUGUAGCUGCAGUCAGUCAGGCCUGCAAGGCAGGGAGCAGGUCUUCCAAGACUCAAAACCAUGGUGGUGUCUGAGGUACAGAUUUGACACAAUUUAUUUUAUGAGUGACCCCUUCCAACGGAGUAAGCACUUUCACUGUUUAAGCAGGCUGUGGAGUAGGUAGAGUGUUUGUAUUCUGGAUAAGCUUUAUUCAUUCUCUGAAGUUACUUCUUGGGUAUCUGCCAGAGGUGUGUUUCUUCUCUGAGUCCAAUUGACAAGAGCGUUUAAUUUCAUCACUUGAGCCCACAGGGAUCCUUUCAGUUUUCAAGAUUCCAAUAAAUGAAAUUAAGCAUAAGUCGAAGGGGUCUGGGUCCUGGGACCCCCAGAAAUAAUGAAAAGUUGCACAAUAUAUUUUUACAGUAACUGCUAGCAAGCUCUUUUAAGGCAUUAUGUAUCUAAGGCUACCGAUGAUUUCAGAUCCAUGGCUCUGCUGUGUUAACUUGGCUCUUUUUAAGUCUCUUGUGACUUGGUGAAAAGCAUGUUUCUAGUCCUUGUGAUAACUGAUGUUGUGGGCAGUAAUGGAAAUCAUUCUUGGACAGAGCCAUGGGGGUGGAGUGGGGGUUCUGCGUCUUAAACAGCAAGUGGUUUUUUGCUUGUACCGCUUCACAUUAUCUUCCCUUCCUUAUCUUCAGUUGGAAUAAAAGGCAACUGGUUUUUUUUUCUGAGCCAAGAAUUGGAGUUUUCUCUGGUACAGUUUGCCUAUUGCACUGCCAUGCAUAACUCCAUAAAACAUCGAUAUGCUGUGGAAGUUCACUUCCAUUUCUUCUAACCUUGAGUUGGACCUUUUUGCUGAACCUGAGUAACACAGCUUAUCUUUGGCUGUGGGACCAGAGCAACUAAACUUAAUAUAUAGUUAUAUAUACAAGGUAUAUGAAUGAAUGUAAUAAUAAUAAUAACUACUUCAACUGAUCCACAUGCCAAAACGUUGCCCAAGCCUAGACUCACAAUACCAGCUCCCUACACAUUAAAAUCUGUGGUUUAGCUGUAAGCAUCCUUUGAAAACCAGUUCAGAAUGCAUUGGUCCAUUUGCUUUAUGUUGAAAUAUAAUGUUUAAUCUCUGUUUUAUCUUGCAGGCUAAUAUUGGACAAAUGGACACUCCCAAAGAGCUUUGGAAGAUGAUAACAGGGAACAUGGCUCUGAUUCAGGUGAAUUUUGGGCAAGAGUAUGAUGUCUUUAAACAUGAAGGGCAGCUUGUAAGGAGACUAAAGUCCUGUCAGUUUCUCCACAAUUUCUGAAUGCAUCCAUCAUGUGAUCAUCAGCUCUAAAGACUGAGCAGCAUAGUGCCAGACACCCCUGCUAUCAAAUAUGUUUGCAAUAUUUAGAGUCUGUGUGCAAAAAGAAUAUCUCUCCAUGCCCCACCCUCACCUUCUGCCAUAGCCUGGAAGAAGAUGUGUAUCCUUUGUGUUUGACCCAACAAAUAGGAAGCCUGUGUCUUCAGAGCAAAGGGGCUGGCUUGGCUGGCUCCAAACAGUGAGAAUGCAGUGUUGGUCAGGACACGCAGUAACCUCUAUGACUGCUGUUGAAUUGCAGUAGCUUCCUGAAUGAUUCUGCACAAAUGGGAAUAGGAGCUUCAAGUUCUUUUUCUCCGACUAAUGCCUGACUGCAUCUUCUAGGUUCAAGCAACGGUGGUUGGCUUUCUGGCUUCAAUUGCUGCAGUGAUAUUUGGCUGGAUCCCAGAUGGGCACUUCAGCAUUGGCCAUGCCAUUCUCCUCUGUGCCAGUAGUGUGGCCACAGCCUUCAUAGCCUCCCUUGUGCUGGGUAAGGAGCAAAUGCUAUAUAAGGAGGGGAGAAGAGGUGCUCUACCUGCAGUACCUUCGCAGCAAGACUGAAACAUUUCCUUUCUCUGGUGUCUAGGCAUGAUCAUGAUUGGCGUAAUCAUUGGCUCCAGAAAGAUGGGCAUCAACCCUGAUAAUGUGGCUACACCUAUAGCUGCCAGUCUCGGUGACCUCAUCACACUUGCCCUGCUCUCUGGAAUCAGCUGGGGUCUCUACAUCGAACUAGGUAAGCUGAAGGCGAUUGCAUGACUGUGUUCUGUAUGAAUCAUUCCGUUCAUUCCCUAUAAAAUUCCCAAGCUUAUUCCCAGUAGUCUCAUUUAUAAGGUGAAUUCACAUUUGUACUGGUGUCUGGUGCACACCUGAUGCUGGCUCCCUGCAAGCAUGGCUUGCAAAUCGGAAGCUGAUCUCAGAUGUGUGCUACCUCUCCUCUGUCCUCAUUCCCAUCCCACUUCUCCUGUUACAUGUGCACUCACACUAACCAUGAUUAAUGCCAACCAGGUUCCCUCGUAACCAUGGUUUCGACUUUUUUGCCUUUCCAGGGAAGCAUUGUUUCACAUCGGUGCACUUGUAACUUUAAACCACGAGUAGUUCUGACAAUGGAAUGGGGAGGGAAGGGAAGGUUGCUGAUUCCCUGUUCCCAAAUCAUGUUUUACAGUGAGCCGUCUUUACAUCUGCUCAAACAUCUGUAGUUUAUUACUGCGGAGAUUAUUGAGAAAAAAAGUUAUUCUGUCCUGUUUUGGAAUGGCUGUUUUGGUGGGGAUUCAACUACAUUCCUCUGCUUUGCUUGUAUAUUAAGAAGAAUAGUAACAGCUGCCACAGAUGUCUGUGCAUAUGGGAGAUGGUACUACUUGAAAAGUAUCCAAGUAUUUUUGACCUGGAGGACAGAUGAUAAUAGACUACUCCAGAAAUAUCUAAACUGCCUAUUUCAAGGCAGUUUCAAGGGGAGAGAGUGCAUUACUGCUGAAUCUCCCACUGGCAGGCUCCAGUGCCUAACUCUAGCUCCGCCAUCCCCAUUGUCCAUGCCAGCUGGGAGUCGUAAGUGGGAAAGGCUGCUCUAACUGCAUCCAUGUGAAGAUCUAAUAAAGUAUCACUGCAAAUGCAUUUUUUUAGGUCAGAAGGUUUGGGUUGCUGUGCUACGGUUCUCCUUAGCAAGACUGUUAUGCCCUGUACAGUGAAGGUUAGGACAUAUUGGACUCAUGGGAAACUUGUGGCCCAAAGGCACUCUCUGCACCUAAACUGGUACUGGUCCUGCAAUGGUCUCAGUCAGCCAUGUGGACCGAGAGGUAACCCAACAGGGACUGUAGCAUCCUGCCCAUGUGUAGUACAGGGAACAGUGCAUUUGAACUUCUAAAAUAAAUAUGAGUUGUUGUGACCUUAGAAUACCACAUUCAUUGGAACAGUGUGUUGCGUCAGCAGAUAUCAAAGAUUCCCUUUGGCCUCGUGUAGAAUUUAAAUCCUAAGCGUGGCAAAACAGGCUGUCUUCUUCAGUGAGUGAAACUGCAAUAUGAUGGUUGUCUUGCCACAAACUGCUGUCUUUCACCCUGCGAUGGUGGUUCUUUGACCUCUGGUUUCUUUUUCCCACUCAGAGGAGAAAGCCUAUGUGAAUCCACUGGUGUGUGCUUUCUUUGUUGCCCUGCUGCCCCUUUGGAUCAUCAUUGCCAAGAAGAAUCCAGCAACCCGGGAGGUGCUGUACUCUGGCUGGGAACCAGUCAUCAUUGCCAUGGCUAUUAGCAGGUAAGAAGGUGGCAAGGGGCCGUUCUCUAGGAAGGAUGUCUUGCCUCAGACUCUGAGCCACGUGGUCUGUCUGCUGCUUAAGAAGCCGAUAAAAUUGUUGGGGGGAAGCAGGCAUUUCUGUUCUAUAUUGGGUCAUCCCUUUAAUUGGGCAAACUAUUCAGAGUAAGACUGAGAGUGGCUCUUUUACCACAUCAUUUAGUCACAUGAAACUAGUUUUGUGAAAUCCAUCUUUAAAAUGGCCUGCUUUUCACUCUUUUCUUGGCCUCAGUGAAGACAGACCGCAAAUGACUGGAUGUCAGUUGAUUCAAAAGCACUUUAUACACUUCAAAGAAACCUUUCAAAUAAAGUUUUUUAGGAAUUGUAGUAAUUCACUGGGUGAUUUCAUUGCAUCAUUGAAAACCAGAAUAUUGCUAAGUUGGCAGUAACUCUUUUGUGCAGAGAGCUAUUCUGCCCUGAAUGUUUUCUUCAUUUUCUUCCAUUUUGUUGUUACAGUGUUGGAGGACUGAUAUUGGAUAAAACUGUGUCAGAUCCAAAUUUUGCAGGGAUGGCAGUCUUUACACCGGUUAUAAACGGUGAGUUUCUUUUCACUUGCACCGAUCGCACAUUCACACACGUCCCAGGCCUUUCUACCACCAAAUGCCUACUGGGAACAACUUUCAUGAUUUAUUUAAUCAUGGAUUGAUUCGUUGUGUGUUUUUAAAAUGUAAUUUAAUGUUACUUGUGUCACCAACAUUGGAAGGAUUUGUAUUCUGAAAGGUGGAAUAUAAUUAGUAGUAAGAGAUGUUUUGUUUUUUUUAAGUGCCCCAUGAUAUUCUUGUAAAGAAGCUGGUAAAAUGCGGUCUUGACUAUGCUACCACUCAGUGGAUUUGUAACUGGCUGACUGACCGAACCCAAAGGGUGCUCCUCAAUGGUUCCUCUUCAUCCUGGAGAAGAGUGACUAGUGGGGUGCCACAGGGUUCUGUCUUGGGCCGGUCUUAUUCAACAUCUUUAUCAACGACUUGGAUGAUGGACUCAAGGGCAUCCUGAUCAAAUUUGCAGAUGACACCAAACUGGGAGGGGUGGCUAACACCCCAGAGGACAGGAUCACACUUCAAAGCGACCUUGACAGAUUAGAGAACUGGGCAAAAACAAACAAGAUGAAUUUUAACAGGGAGAAAUGUAAAGUAUUGCACUUGGGCAAAAAAAAUGAGAGGCACAAAUGCAAGAUGGGUGACACCUGGCUUGAGAGCAGUACAUGUGAAAAGGAUCUAGGAGUCUUGGUUGACCACAAACUUGACAUGAGCCAACAGUGUGACGCGGCAGCUAAAAAAGCCAAUGCAAUUCUGGGCUGCAUCAAUAGGAGUAUAGCAUCUAGAUCAAGGGAAGUAAUAGUGCCACUGUAUUCUGCUCUGGUCAGACCUCACCUGGAGUACUGUGUCCAGUUCUGGGCACCACAGUUCAAGAAGGACACUGACAAACUAGAACGUGUCCAGAGGAGGGCAACCAAAAUGGUCAAAGGCCUGGAAACGAUGCCUUAUGAGGAACGGCUAAGGGAGCUGGGCAUGUUUAGCCUGGAGAAGAGGACGUUAAGGGGUGAUAUGAUAGCCAUGUUCAAAUAUAUAAAAGGAUGUCACAUAGAGGAGGGAGAAAGGUUGUUUUCUGCUGCUCCAGAGAAGCGGACACGGAGCAAUGGAUCCAAACUACAAGAAAGAAGAUUCCACCUAAACAUUAGGAAGAACUUCCUGACAGUAAGAGCUGUUCGACAGUGGAAUUUGCUGCCAAGGAAUGUGGUGGAGUCUCCUUCUUUGGAGGUCUUUAAGCAGAGGCUUGACAACCAUAUGUCAGGAGUGCUCUGAUGGUGUUUCCUGCUUGGCAGGGGGUUGGACUCGAUGGCCCUUGUGGUCUCUUCCAACUCUAUGAUUCUAUGAUUCUAAGUGACACCUUAGGAAGGACAGCUACAAGCAUAUGUAAAAAGGAUUGGGAGAUGUAUUGAAGUGGUCCAGGAAUUGGUUCCGGAUUCUUCGGGGAAGCUAUUUCAAUGGUUCUCUUUCUCUCUCCUCGUUCUUUCUAGGUGUUGGUGGCAAUCUGGUGGCUGUCCAAGCCAGCCGCAUCUCCACUUACCUCCACAUGAGUGGGAUGCCUGGAGAGAGUUCUGAGGCGGCCCCUCGAAAGUGUCCAAGUCCUUGCAGCACUUUCUUCAGUUCAGGUAGCCAAUUUGUGUAGUGUACUGCCCCCACCCCUUUUAAUAUAAUAAAAGUCACAGCAUCUCAAAAGCGAAGCUAAGAUUGAUUGCUUCAUAGAGAGGAAGGCCUCUCUAUGACUCCGACUUAAAUAUUCACCAUUCUAGCCCUGUAGGAAGUCCGUCAAUCUAAGCACAUCUCCUCCUGUCUUGCUCCUGUAUCCUAGAGAAUUUUGGGAGUUCUGUGCAGCUAGUUCUAAAUGCAGUUUGGCCUUGUGUCUUUGGAAACGCUUGUUUUUUUCCAUUUCCUUGUUCCCCAUAACAAAUCUUCAUGUAAAUUAAAAGCCAUUUAGUUGUUUGUGGGUUUACAAACUGCAUCUGUGGAACUAUUUUGAAGCUCUUGCUAGUAUUACAAAACGCUUGAGUGAGCCUGCAAAUUUUCUAGUGGUACAAUUCCUACCAGAUUCUGUAGUGAUGUUUUGCCUUCUUAUAACAUAAAGCUGGUUCUGGGUCCGUCCAUACAGCUCUCCCUUCAGUGAGACAGCCUAGGACAGGGAAGAGGAACCUGUGGCCCUCCAAAUGUUGCUACAGCUACCAUCGUUCUUGACCAUUAGCCAUGCUGUCCGCAGCUGAUGGGACUUGCAGUCAGACAACUUCUGGAAUGCCACACUUUCCCCAUCCCUGGUCUAGAACUUUGUAUGACUACAAUUUUCAGAAUAAGGCUUGUAGUGCAGAAUCCAGUGUCUCCUAAGGAUUCUUUGUCGCCUUGGCUAGAAAUGUGCUUAAAGAAAUCCAUCACAGAUGUAGAGAAAAUCCCGGAAAUUAAUUGCAACUCGUUGCAAAGAUGCACUAGAAUUUUUUUUGGUGGGGCUUCGUUCACAUUCAUUUGCUGAGGGUUCAUUGAUCCCUGUUGCUUGCUGUUACACACAGACUUUCUACAAGUCCUGACAAAUGUGAACUAAUUUCAUAUCCCGCUUGGUGACAAAUAAGUCUCAAUUAUGUGACUGAAUGGAACGUGCAAAAAAAAAAAUACACUAUCCUUAUUUUCAUAUUUCAAUUGCAGGAAUUCAGAUUGUUUAUCAUAGAAUUCUAAUCAUGUAACCUUGACAAGGAACAUAGAUUUCUGUCUAAUGGGUAGAACAAGUCAAGGCUGCUUCUCCUAAUUAAUUUAACUAGCUUCUGUUGUCUAAGCUGUGGUAACAUCUAAGUGAAAUUAUUGCAAUGCAUUCUAUGUGGGGCUGCCUUUGAAGAUGGCUUGGAAACUGCAGCUGGUGCAGAGUUCAGCAGCUUGAUUGCUGAUUGGGACAAGAUGAUCUGAGCACAUCACACCCCCUAAUUUGCUUCUAGGCCCAAUUUAGAGUGCGGGUUUUGACCUAUAAAGCCUCAUGUGGUUCAGGACCACCUCUCCCCACGUGAACCAACCUAGACCCUGCUCCUUUAUACAUAUUACUUUUAUAUUAUGUUUUACACUUGAUUUUAAUGCUUGAAUUUCAUACAUCUCUUUGAGUUCGACUUUCUGAAAUGAAGCAACUAAUAAAUAUGACGGUGGUGAUGCUAACUCCUCUGCUGCCUCUUUACCUCUGUUCUGCAGAUGUGAAUUCCCGGUCUGCCCGCGUGCUCUUCCUCCUGGUGGUUCCUGGCCAUCUUGUUUUCCUCUACACCAUCAGCUCCAUGCAAGGCGGCCACACAACACUCACCCUGAUCUUUAUCAUUUUCUACAUGACUGCUGCACUUCUCCAGGUAAGCACUGGCUUCGGUUGCCUUGUCAGUGGUGAGACUGGAAUUUGAUUAGAAUGAUGAACAUGGAUCUUUUAUUGACCACCUACACAUGGUUAGGCGUAGGAUGCUGACAGCAUUUGGAGUUUAAGCGCAUCAGCAGAAGUUGACCUUGACACCGAAUCACUGCUGGAAGAGCAUACCUUACACUGCAUAUAAUCACACUGAGGCUCUGAGUUUAGGAAAGUAAGAAAGCUACGUUUAUUGCAGGAAACACAUGCUUGAUCGGAAAGUUCCUAAUUCUAACUUAACUGAGUGUAGAAUGCAAUGACCCAUGCUUCCUCUUACAUCUCAGUGGGAGAGACAGAAAAGAUGUCUCCUUUUCCAAGCUGAGGAUGAAGAAGAAAGAAUGAGGUCAGCAACCCUAGGAGUUUAUCUGUAGUUAACUUAUAAAGAGAUCUGAAGUAAGUUCUAGCGUAAUUCAAUGGAAGUUUCUCUAAGAUAAGGGAAUACAGUCGUACCUAAGAAGUCGAAUGGAAUCCGUUCCGGAAGUCCGUUUGACUUCCAAAACGUUCGGAAACCAAAGCGCGGCUUCUGAUUGGAAGCCGCGGAAGCCCUGUCGGACGUUCGGCUUCCAAAGAACGUUUGCAAACUGAAACACUCACUUCCGGGUUUGCGGAGUUCGGGAGCCAAAACGUCUGAAUACCAAGGCAUUCGGGGUCCGAGGUACGACUGUAUACAGAAUUGCAGCCAAUGCUCCUUUGGCAUAAUGAGACACAUUUUACAGAAUACAGUAUUGUUUUCAAAGAUACAGUUGAAUAUAUUGUUACUACUUUUUAAAAAUCAGUAGUUUUUUAAAAAAAGAAUUCCUUUUUGUUUGCUUAACAGAGCUGACAUCUACCAAUAUGAUUUCUCUCAAUCAUAUGCAGCUUCCAUUAUGACAUGCAUACCACAGUUAUAAACUUAAAACAGUUUUUCCCUUGACACUUAAUGUUCUGGAAAAUGUUGAACCUCUGAUAACUAAAUAGUGCCAGGCUCAGUUUAAAAUACUUUUUGUAAAGCUGUAUUUGGACAUGCAAUUCUUAAGCAAUUCACAAGCUUUGAUAUGUCUAAGCAAGUCCCACUGAAUUCUAUGGACCUUACUUCCAUGUAAGUAUAAGAGUCCAACCUCUGUUCUUCUACUAAUAAACAUUUAUAGUGAAAUACUAUCCAAAAUAUACCAUGUUCUCUAGUUUGCUGUUCUGUCAAAGUAUGCUAUGUUUCUGCACAUUAUAAAACAAAACGUUAUUUGGUAUUUUAUGCCAUGUACAAGCACAGUCAAUAUGUGCACAUGGGAUUUUUUAAAAAACAAAUGUUUAUACUAACAAUUCAGUCCUUUUUAGUUGUCAUAAUAAAGUUAUCUAAACGACUUUCCAAAUGCCUAAUCUACUAAUUUGGAUAAUAGACUAAUUGGUGAACUAAUACAGUGGUACCUUGGUUCUCAAACUUAAUUUGUUCUGGAAGUCCAUUCCAAAACCAAAGCAUUCCAAAACCAACGCACACUUUCUCAUAGAAAGUAAUGCAAAACGGAUUAAUCCGUUCCAGACUUUUAAAAACAACCCCUAAAGCAGCAAUCUAACAUGAAUUUUACUAUCUAAUGAGACCAUUGAUUAUAAAAUGAAAACAAUAAUCAUUGUACUGUACUGUAAAAUAAAUAAUACAGUAUUGUAGAUGAUAAAAAUUAAAAUUACUUUUUUUCUUACCUGCACUGAUUAUAGUCAUUGUUUGGAUGGGGGGCUUUUAUCCAUUUUUGGCGUAAUACAAUCAAUCAGUAGCUGAACUGGGUUCCACACAGUCACAAAAACAAAGUAACUGAAAAAGCCUCAAAAUAAACGCAAAAUAAAUAGCAAAAACAAAAGCGCCAAACUUAAUGUGUUCCGGAAGUCCGUUUGACUUCCAAAAUGUUCAAAAACCAAGGCGCAGCUUCUGAUUGGUGCAGGUGCUCUGGAAACAAUAGCCGACAGUCGCAUCGGAUGUUUGGCUUCUGAAAAUCGUACGAAAACCAGAACACCUCCAGGUUUUCGGCGUUUGAGUACCAAGUCAUUUAUUUGAGUACCAAGGUACCACUGUAUAGGGUAGGGAGAAAGAUAAAUUUCUGUGCUUUUAUUUUAUUUUUAAGGGCAACAAUUCUGAGGUACUGUACUUCAGGUCCUAAUCACUUUAGAUAACUGCACUGAGCAUAUAUCCUCUAAGAUUAGGCUAGAUUUUGAGUAGCUUUUAUCUGAAAGUAGUUUCUGACAGAGGAAUUUACAACCCUUUCUCCUCCCGCAUAGACUCUUGUAUGGCCACAGAAGGGUAGAAAUUAGAUUUCCUGCUGAGAAAAGGAGAUGUGGGGCAUGCCAUUUCCUCCCUCCCUUGUUCAAGACUUUAUUUACCCAGUAGUAAGUUGUCAAGUCAGCCAGAAUGAAUGAUGGAAGGGGAUGGGGAUGAGGCUAGUGAAAUGGAUGCUGAGGGUUCUGAUUACUCUCAGCUGUCCUUGUAGCGUAUUUUGGCUUCCCAUAAUUCUUGGGCACAAACUGCAAAGCGCGGGAGGAAAGAGAGGCUGUGGCCAGGGAACUUUCAGCCGAAACUGACCACUUCCUUGACGCUUGUGGAAGUAGCUGCUGACUCUGAGUCAUGUCAGCAGCUGAACAGAACCUCAGGGAAGUGACUUGCAGUUCUCCUGGGAAGAAAGGAAACAUCCUGCCAGAUGCAGCUCAUGGACCCCCCACUAUGCUUGGAAAGUUUAGAAGGGAACUUUGGUGAACUUAUCAUUCCAGGGACAUUGCAUAGUACAGGUUGCUUCAUUUCCAAAGGUCUGGAGGGAGAUAGUAUUUCUCUUACUACUUACAGCGAUUUGCAGUAACUGUAAUUUGAGAGACCUGUCAGGAGUAAGCAUGGACCAAUGGUACCAAAUAUUAUGGAAAACAGCCCUACUAGAAAAAUUAACCAAUAAACUGAAACUGACACGGGGACAAACAGAAGAAAACGCCUUUACCCCGGUAUGGCUCCCCUUUAUCACAUUCACAGCCCAACAAGACAAUGACAAUAACCCACCAACAGCAUACAAAUCAAUAUGGCUAACCUGAUCCAAAACACCCACCCACCCCACUCACACAUGAAAACAAAGAUCACCACAGCCAAUCACAAACAAACAACCACACCCUAGGCCAACCCCAACCUCUCUCACCACCAAAGAAACACAAAUGAACAGCAGAGAACCUGCACGAGCAACGCUGACACGAAACCCUACAUACAUUAAGCAAAAUAGAAACAUUGCCACCCGACCCCCACCCCACCCCCACCCAUCUUUGCCCCCUCCCCCCCUCCCCCCAAUGUCUCAACAAAUGAAACUGAUUUGUAAAAAUGUUACAUGGAAAAAAUACGAGAGACAUUACACAUACUUCUGUAAAACAAGAAAAUCUUUAAUAAAAUUUUUUAAAAAUAAAAAUGGCUUUCAUUCACACCACCAGGCUGAGGAGCAUCAGCAAGCGAGGUGGGCAGUCAGUUGUUUCUCAUGAGUAACCAUGUGCAGAGCAUCACUUGCCCUGCCAGUUGGCCAUAGGUCCUGGGGCUGUAGAGAGAGGAGGCCAGAGGUGAGAGCAGCCACGGUAUUUCAGACUAUAGAGUCUUCUCUCUUCCAGUCAGCUCACUGUCGUUGCUCGCCCUGCUAUAGUGGUGCCAUCAGGGCAGGACUUAGGGAUAGAGGUCCUGGGCUCCAUUCGGCAGAAUGAACAGGAGGGUCGCAAAUGCAGCAGGGGUGGCUAACCACAUUUUGACCCCUGAGCCCUGACUCCUGAGGGCCAAAUGUGGUCCUCCAAGUCUCUCCAUCUGGCCCUUGGGAAUCUCUCUAGGCCGCACAAGCUCACUAGCCCUGCUCUGCAACCUUCUUGAGGGCUUUUGUCUGACUGGAAUGUGUCCUUCAACUCUGACCAUGCCUCUUGCUUCCUUGGAUUGAAGAACAGAGAGGGGGCUGUUUAUGUAGAAAUGCGCUGUACAACUGGAAAAUCUGCUUUUGUUGCUCUGCCUGCUUUUCCCUCUGGCCCCAUCCCCUGUUGGCCUGUGGUUCCUAGAAGGGAAUGUGGCCCUGGGACUGGAAAAGAUGUAGAUGCUUAGCAUCUGAAGAGGAAGGCCCUGUAAAUCUACUGGGUGACUUUAGAAUCGGAACUUAACUGCAUUGCUAGAAGUGGGGAGUCUUUCCCAAAAGAGCUGUGUCCCCGUUAAUCCACCACAUUUGCGCAGGAGUGGCUGUUGUGCCCUUAUUACUGAAUUGGGGCUUGCGUUAUCAUAAAAUAUUGGAUAAUGCUGUGUAUACCAAGCUUGCUUUAGUGCUUCAGUUCAAGACCAAACAUGCAAUUCCAGUGGCCUUGGCAUCAGUGGCUAAUGUGACGCAUUGUGCUUCUGUCUUCUAGGUUCUCAUUCUUCUCUACAUUGCCGACUGGAUGGUCCACUGGAUGUGGGGCAGAGGCAUGGACCCGGACAACUUUUCUAUACCUUACCUGACAGCGCUGGGCGACUUGCUUGGGACAGGUCUGCUGGCCCUCAGCUUCCAUAUUCUCUGGCUCAUUGGGGACCGAGACACAGACGUAGGGGACUGA